UUACCGGAAAACGUGUAUUAUUAUGUGAUGUAGCUUUACUAACUGUACACAGUUGUAGGUGGGGCGAAGGAGGCGACAGAACAGCUCUGUCAAGAAGUUUGAGGAGUGCACUCGGUCGGGUUUGCAGCGCUGAUUUUCUUUAAACCGAAAACGACAAAACAACAAAUUAAUUAUUGUGAGCGGAGGAGUGUGUGCGCGAGACGGACACAGACAUGGAGGGGGUCUAUCCAUGGGGCAUGGCCCAACUCAAUCCAGCCAACCCUUACAUAGAGAUCAUCGAGCAGCCGAAGCAGAGGGGAAUGAGAUUCAGAUACAAGUGUGAGGGCAGAUCAGCUGGCAGCAUCCCAGGAGAGAAGAGCAAUGACACCACUAAGACCCACCCAGCCAUCAAGUUACACAACUACAGUGGCCCCCUGCGUGUUCGCAUCUCACUGGUCACCAAGAACGCACCGCACAAGCCACACCCACACGAACUGGUGGGGAAAGACUGCAAACAUGGCUACUACGAAGCCGACCUGCAGGAGAGAAGAAUACACAGUUUUCAGAAUCUCGGUAUACAGUGUGUGAAGAAGAAGGAUGUGAAUGAAGCCAUCACUUGCCGACUGCAGACUAAUAAUAACCCCUUCAACAUUCCCGACGCGAAGGUGUGGGAGGAGGAGUUUGACCUGAAUUCAGUUCGACUUUGCUUCCAGGCCUCUAUCACUCUGCCCACGGGGGAGCUGUUUCCUCUGGAGCCAGUGGUAUCACAGCCUAUAUAUGACAACAGGGCUCCAAACACAGCUGAGCUAAAGAUCUGCAGAGUCAACCGGAACCACGGUAGCUGCAAAGGAGGAGAUGAAAUCUUCCUGUUGUGUGACAAAGUGCAAAAAGAGGACAUUGAGGUGCGUUUUUUCCAGGACUCUUGGGAAGGGAAGGGCACUUUCUCCCAGGCCGAUGUCCACAGGCAGGUAGCCAUUGUGUUCCGCACACCACCAUACCGUGACACUAAUCUCACGGAGCCAGUUAGAGUGAAGAUGCAGCUCCGCCGGCCCUCCGACCGGGAAGUCAGUGAGCCCAUGGACUUCCAGUACCUGCCCACUGAUCCAGAUGAAUAUCGACUGAGUGAGAAGAGAAAACGUACGGGGGAGAUGUUCCAGAGUCUGAAACUGGGGCCUGCACUGUCUUCUGUGUCCAUUCCAGCAGAUAGGAGGCACAUCAGCCCAGCAAGAAGAACAGCCACAGCAAAGCCUCCAGUAAUCAAUGCACAACCUGCAGCUGCGCUGCCCUCUGGUGCCAGUGCAGCAAAGUCCCAGGCCUCCUACUCAUACAUGCAGUCAGGCCAACCUUUCACUGCACAGGCCAAACUAGAACCAUCCCUCUCCAUCACUGCUCCAUCUCCAAACCAAACAUGGAAGCUCAUGAACCUUGGUCCCCAGCCUAAACCCACUCCUUUGGCCAACUUUACAAUGAGCCAGCCUUUAGCUGCCUCCUCCUCCACUACUACCGCCUCCACUGCCAACCAGGACUUCUCAACAGUCAACCUGGCAGACCUCCACGACUUCUUCCCCAAGAUGUCCUCAACCAUCACCCAGGAUCUGGCUUCUUCUCAGGGAACCGCAGCCUCAUCGCAGAGCAGCAGCUCCUUCAGUCUCCAACCUUCUCAAUUCCAGGUGGAAGCGCCACUGGUGGACGAUGACAUCCCAGACUUCCCUAGCUUUCCCGAAGCCCAGGUCCCAGGCACGUUGGAAAACCUCGACAUGGAAGACUUUGAGGACCUUCUGAGUCGCCGGCUCACAUGUGAGACAGGAAACAGCACUUCAAUGCUGGGCCAAGCUGCAUGCCAACAAACCCCCAGCUCCUCUAAUGGUAUCCAGAACAACAUUGCAUCCCAGAACACUUCUGAUCUACUCGGCAACCCAGGCAGCACCUGGAUGAAUUACCCCAACAGCAUCGUCAACUUGCUCCACAAUGAGAACAUGAUUGACAUUAUCCCCAACAAUAGCAACAACCGGCCGCCUGUACUGGACGAAUUUGAUGAGCUGAUGUCAAACGAUGAGGAGCGCCUAAUUUCAAUCCUUAAUAGUGGAAGCCAAGCUGGAUUUGUGUCAGGACAUCCUCCUUAAAUGUCAUCUGCAUAAUUUGUAAUGAACAUAUUAACAGAACACUUGCAUCUGCCCUUUUGGCCUUUUGAACUGAAACUCCUUUGUUUUAAAACACAAAUGAAAUCAAGGUGGAUAUGAAGGGCCAAGGGAAACAGAAUGUAGCAGAACCUCUCACUGUGGACAUCAGAAUACCAACAGACACUCUUGCUUGCAGGCUUUUUUAAUUAUAUCAUUAAAAAUACCAGACUGCAAAUUAUCAGAUUUUAUAUCCCUUACUAGGCCAACAUGAUUCAUGUUCGGCAUCAAUUAACUUUCUCAGCCACUGUGUCUGCAUGAUGGUGGAGGAUAUCUACCUAUCCAUGCAUCUUUUAAAAAGGUAGUGAGAUGUAUCUGUUGAAAUGUUUUCUUUUGUUCAUAGUCUGUGGAACAUGUUUGAUAUAUGUUUUUUGUACGGUCGUUCUUGUUAGCUUUUGUCAGUGUUACUGUGACUGUUUGUCCUCGUCUUAAAUGAAAUAUGCAUGAUAGGGCUUUUAAUCUGACACCAAAUGAAUAUUUUUCUGUAAAAAUAUAAUCUAAUGUAGGUGAGAGUCAGUGCAGAUCAUGUCUGUGAUUCUUGUAUUCAUUUGCAAUGUCAGAAUGUAUGAAAUGUUUUCUGAAGAUCACAACUGUAACACAUUAAUAUACUGGUGCCUUUGUUGAGAUUCUCAACAAAUUGUGAUGAUGAAGGUCGACAUGUAAAUAACUCAAACAAUUUAAUAAGUACAUGCUUACAGCAGAAGAAACGUAUGCAAGGUUUACACGUCACAGUUGUAUCCAAUCAUUUCUUUUUCACUUAUUCUUCACCUACAGACAGGUGAAGAUAAAGCAAACAGUUUCAGAGCUGGGAUCACCAGACUAUACUCUGUGGGCAAAGAUGUUUAAAUGGAGAGGAAAAAGGUGUUUUAUACAACAGCUGGUUAUACUAUAUGCAUAUCUUCAUGUAUUGAGUGUAUAGUUGUCAAAAUCCCAAACACUUUUUACUGCAAUAAAAACCACAAGAUGUAA